GUCAGCUCUCUGAGGUGACUGUGCGCACUCUCGGCUACUGUCUCUCCCCCCACAGCGAGGUGGAAGCGCGGCGUGGGACGGACUAUGUCCUUCCACGCGAGGCUUGUGGGUGCGUCACUUAUUCAAGCGAUGGACACCUUGCUGUGAGGUGUAAAGGGAGGGGAAAGAGUGAAGGUAACGGCGAAUCCACGCACCUGGGGCAGUGUGGAGCGGUCCCCAUCUCAGUCCCUACCCUCCCUGCACACCACACCGUUGCAGGAUGGCUACCCAGCACCAGGUUACCACUGAAGCUAUGGGCCCGGCUGACCUGGACCACCAUCACUCCCUGGGGGGUGCGGAGGGCAAAGAUCCUGAGCUGCUACUAACGAAGGGCAAGUUACUGAAUGGCUGCGUCCCGCUAUCCCAUCAGGUGGCCGGCCAUAUGUAUGGCAAGGAUAAAGUUGGUAUUUUGCAACAUCCUGAUGGGACGGUCCUUAAACAGCUACAACCACCACCACGAGGACCAAGGGAGCUCGAUUUUUAUAACCUGGCUUUCUCAGAAGAGUGCGCUGACCAUCAUCUCAUUGACCUGCAGAAAUUUUUGCCAAAAUAUUUUGGCAUCUGGUCACCGUCAGGCUCUUCCAAUGAUCUGUAUUUAAAACUGGAAGAUAUAACACACAAAUUUAUUAAACCAUGUAUUAUGGAUGUUAAAAUUGGCCAGAAGAGCUACGAUCCAUAUGCAUCUGCUGAAAAGAUCCAGCAGCAGAUAAGCAAGUACCCACUGAUGGAAGAGAUUGGAUUCCUGGUACUUGGCAUGAGGGUUUAUCAUGCCCAUUCCAACAGCUAUGAAACGAAAAACCAGCACUACGGAAGAAGCUUAACAAAGGAAACCUUAAAACAUGGUAUCUCAAAGUUCUUUCAUAACGGGACUUCGCUGAGGAAAGAUAUAGUGGCCCAUUGCAUUGAGAAGGUCCAGAGCAUUUUGGAAUGGUUUGAAAACCAGGAAAACUUUCAUUUUUAUGCAAGUUCGCUACUAUUUGUAUAUGAGGGGUACUUUCCACAAACCACUAAAAGAUUAAUUGAUGGAACCAUAGUGGACAAAAGAGUAGUUCUUGGCGGACAGUUUAUGGAUGGCGAGUUGCUAGAGUGCAACAACAAUGUUCAUGUGUUAAGCUCUAUGGAAAAUGGGAAGACAGAGGCGUCCGUUGAGAAAAACAUGUCUAGGAUGUAUCUACUUCAUAAGAACGUCUGUUCGAAGCGAAAUUAUAGCCAAAUUUCUCCAGGGGUUGAAAGCAUGGAUCAGGGCGGCAUAAGGAAAAGUAACAGUAUUUCUCAAGAGCAUAGGAACGGAAACCUUCUGUCCAAACUGGAAAGUGUAUUUUGCCAUGUUCCUGCGGAGACGAAAGAGCGUACGGAUGUACGGAUGAUUGAUUUUGCUCAUGUUUUUCCAAGCGACAAAAAAGAUGCAGGCUAUAUUUAUGGACUCAAGAAUUUGAUUGCUGUAUUGCAGAGUAUUUUAAAUGACUGACUUAACUCCUGUGAUUGUAGGGCCAAUGGCAUGAUAAUCAAAACAUACUGUCAGGAAUAUUUGCACUCGUUACUGUGGUAAACUGGAUUUUUAUUGUGAUUCUGUAUCCUAUUCUGACAUAUUGAUAGAAAGGUGUAUCCUUCUUUUAUAAUAAUACUCAGGAAAAUUGAAGUGGUAUGUAGAAUAACUGAAAAUCAAUGAAAGAAUUGCUUUGCUUUACUAGUCGAAUGAAGUGGUUACUAUUGUGCUAGAGCGAGGGAUCGUUCAGAUACCCCUUGGAUUAAAUCGAGCCAACCUUUAUUGGGACCAUACACAUCAAAGGAACCAGUCAUUUACCUGUGUAUCGAUGACUUUCAGUUUUUAUGAAAGAAACGUUCUGCCUUAAAUAUUGCUGCAAGAUAUGAUUUUCUUGCGGAUAGUACAAGGAGGCACAUGAGUUGCUGCUUAAAGGGGACUUAAAUAAUUUGAUGUUGAUCAAAUUGAUGUAAACACAAUUUUAAUACUGAGCCACACACUUUUUUUAUUAUUAAUUCCUGAACAUUUUGGUUGCUCUUGAUCUUGUUUACAAACCUUCUCGAAAGACAACUGGAAAAAUGCCAGAAUAAAGGCAUACGAUCACACGGAUACGUCUGUUUUAAGGAUUUAUUUUUUUAAGCUAGCAAGUCUGAAGGAGGAGAAGAUCUGCAUCUUCUAGGAAAACCUAUUCUAGGUUCAUAUGGAAUAAUCUGUUUAUGAUGUAAUACUGUACAACGCAUUUCAUAUUGCCUCAAACAAUUCAUGCCGGCUAAAUAUAAAGACAAACAUCAGAUUAACAAAACAUUUUAAAUGCCUCUUCAUCUUUUUUCUUUGUCAAAUAAGUUCAAUUGAAUUCCAAUGAGUAAUGCAUUUCAAACGCCCUCCAAAACAUGCAAAUUAUUUUGUAGGAGGGUACUUAAUGAAGGAUAUAAUUAAAUAGUAAUUUACAAUGCCAUUGUGAUGUGUGAAGAUUAAUAUACAUUGCACAUACACACUUCUAUUUUAUUUUUUUAAUUUAAGUUAUGUGAAGUUGCUUUAUGGAGGCUGACCUCCACAAUGUAAAUGGGCCAGGUGAAAAGAUCAGAGAUCUUGUAACUGGUCCUUGAGCAGCAGCAUACUGGGGAUCCUGUUUGUCCCGAUAGUGAUCUGACCCCCC